GGCAACGUUUUAACGUCGGUUGCCGCUGUAGGAGAGAACUCACGUCAGGCUUUUCUUUCUUUCAUUUUUUUUUUUAUUUUCAUCGACUUUUUUUUUUCUUCCCUCAUCUGUGUACAUCUCCGUUUCGGUUCACACGGGGUUCACUCAUCAGUUUCUCCUGAGCUGCGCUACAGUUCGCGUCUGUCAACCCCUCCGUCACGGGAAUCUUCAGGGGAAUUUUCUGCGGGAAAUUCUUGGGGAUCUUUUGGAACUUUUUGAAUAGUCUUUGGUGUUAUUAUCGAGAUUAAGAUCGAGACAAUGACGGAGGAUCAGCCGAGCUACAAGCUCAUCUACUUCAAUGCCCGAGGACGUGCUGAACACAUACGAUUUAUAUUCGCUCAUGCGGGUGUUGAUUACGUGGAUGAGAGGAUCCCGAAGGAACGCUGGCCCGAGUCGAAAAAAUCGAUGCCGUACGGAAUGCUACCGGUGCUCGAGAUAAAUGGAAAACCAAUUGCGCAGAGUAAUGCAGUAGCUAGAUAUCUAGCUCGAAAAUUCGCUCUGGCAGGACAAAACGAGUGGGAGUCAAUGCUCUGUGACGUUCUCGUCGACACCCUGGGGGAUCUAAAACUAGUUUUAUUUCAGUACAGAACUGAAGAGGACAUUUACAAACGAGAGGAGAAGAAGGUCAAGUUACUCAAGGAGACAAUACCCUUUUACCUGAACAAGUUCGAACAAACAAUCGCUGAAAAUGGUGGAUAUGCAGUUGGCAAUACGACGACGUGGGCCGAUUUCGUGUUUGCGGUUGCUUUGGAGAACUUCGAGCAAUUGUUCGGUGCAAAUGCUCUUGACAAUUACCCAGGACUCCGUGGAUUAAAACAACGUGUUCAUGAGAUACCUGCUAUUGUUGAUUGGCUGGCUAAAAGACCGCAAACUGAUUUUUAAAAACAAUAUACCAUUAAUUAUUGAAAUGAUCUACGAAUGCCCAUUAUCGAAUCAAGGUGGUAAGAAACCGGAUUUAAUAAUUAAUCGGUGCAUAUCUACGCGUACCUACUAUGACGGAACUCUGCGUGUGGCCUUAACAAUCUUAUUAAUUAUUCCAUUUGUUAUUGAUUUAUUUGCGGUAUUUUAUUUCGUAUUAUUGAGCAACCAUUCGCCGUUUAUUUUUGUAACGACAGGAUUUAGUAAUCGGAGUAUUGGAUUUCUUCCAUUAGGGCUUUCGGUUCGAUAUUAGAAUCUAUAAUCUAUAUUAAUUAUUAGUAUUAUUAGGAUUAAUAUUGUUUAAUUAUGUCAAUUAUCUCUGCUAUAUUUCCACGAGAUGAUUUAUUAGAAGUUGAUGGCGAAUUAGCGGGAGACAUUGAAAUUCAACUUUCAGAUGAUUUCUGUUGUUGAGUUUGAAAUUUCCGGUUUUACUUUCUGUAUUUAUCUCUUGUACACGUAGAAAUGAGAAAAUUCUAUUUGUGGAGGUAAACAGAUGUGGGGAUUGUAUAUAAUUUGAUUCAUUAACGAGGGGAAAGGAAAUUAAGUCGAUUAUGUGGUACUAUCACACGAGAACGAAAUUCUGUAAAUGAACGAGGAAAAUUUUUGGGGAAAUCAUUUCCGUGUGAAUUUUUUCAUUGAAAAAUAGUAUUUGGAAAUGAUGAAUAGUUUGGAUUUUUAGAACGCUUCGGUGGAAAAUUCAGACGGAAUUUUUCCGCGGUUGAUAACAAAAUGCGUAUACGUUUUUGAGUGUAUAGAUGUUAUUUAUUGGUGUUGAAAAUACUGAAAAUAAUGUAAACGUUAUGGAUUUUUAAUCACUGAUUCUAGGAGUGAUUGAACAAUUCAUUUGACUAUUGAAAAUGUUUUUUCAGUCACAUGAGUUUUUCAAUAUGGAAAAUUUGUUGGGAAAUCUGGGGAAGAUGGCAAUUACUGGAAUGGAGACUACUAUGAUGUCAAUGUAAAAUGUCAACAAUGGUUAAUGCGAUUAAAUGUAAAUGUUG